AUGUUCUCCAAGCAAACUCUCCUUGCUUAUAUUAGCUUGGCCUCGACUUUAGGGCUCGUCAACGCGUUCAACGGCACCGCUUACCUUGGCUUUGCCAACGUCGAGGGCUGCAGCUGCCCGGCCUUCAACGGGCCAUACGGUGUCGCCGUCCCGCGCGCGCUCGUCGGGAGUCAUACCUGCUGCAACGAAGGUGUCACUCUCAGCUACAAGGGCAACUCCGUGACCGCAGUAUUCAGUGGAUUCUUCGACGCCGAAGGGGCGCAGGACGUAGCGCUUAGUCCACGGGCUUUCAGCGACCUUGCGCCGAGCACCUGGACUGGCCCGGUCGAGGGUGUUGUUUGGCAAUUCGCUUGA